CUACAGUCACAAUAACCUCACUCCUGUUGCUUUCUGUUCAUAGUCAAUCAGGAUCCAGACACGUGGAACAGGGAGCUAGCGGCAUAAUCUUUGCUUAAUCUUUCCAGAAAACAGCCGUCACAGUGCAAAGAAAGAAGCGAAACAAUGAAUUUCCACUUACUUUUUGCAUUCUUUUAACAGAGCUGACCUUGUUUCUCAACUCUUAACACUUUUUGUCGAAUUGGAUUUCUAACAGGGUGACGCAACAAGAAUCAUUCUGAUUAAUGUAACAACUUUACUCAACUAAUGCGGAGAGGACCUCUUUGAAUGCUGACAUUUCCAUUGGGAAACUUCAUGGGAAGCUUCCCAUCAGGUGUCCGGUGAUGGCCCUACUACAAGAAAAUCACGAGACGGAUGGGGGUUCUUUGACUGUUUCUUCUGAAAAAUGCUGUUAUCUAGAUGGGUCGGAUACGAGCGACGUGGAGGGAGGCUUGCUUGACGAUUUGGAAUUAAAUCCAUUUGAUGGUUUACCAUAUUCAUCCCGUUAUUACGAACUUCUCAAACAAAGAGAAAACCUUCCCAUUUGGAAGACUAAGUAUGCCUUCAUGGAGAGUUUACUUCACAAUCAAGUUGUCGUCGUGUCAGCUGGAGGUAAAAGUGGAAAGAGCUCACAAAUUCCUCAAUGGUGUGCGGAAUUCUGCCUGUCGGCGGACUAUCGGCAUGGGACCGUGGUCUGCACACAGGCGCAAAAGCAGACGGCCGUUUGGCUGGCCAUGAGAGUUGCGGACGAAAUGGAUGUCAAUAUCGGGCAUGAAGUCGGUUACGUUGUGCCUUUUGAGAGCUGUUGUACAAACGAGACGAUAUUAAGGUAUUGCACUGACGAGAUGUUGCUUCGAGAGAUGAUGUCCAAUCCCCUUUUGUCCUUCUACGGUGUCAUAAUCAUUGAUGAUGUUUACGAAAGAUCAAUUUCUACGGAUGUGCUACUUGGUUACCUGAAAGAUAUCUUGCUCUCAAGGCCUGACCUGAAAGUUGUGAUAAUCUGUUCUCCUGAACUGUCUAGUAAAUUAGUUUCACAUUAUGGAAACGUUCCUCUCAUUGAAGCCCGGGACACGUGUUCUGUGGAAGUAGUAUAUACGUCGGUCAUCGAAAAAGAUAUUUUCCUCUCCGCUUUAAGGCUCAUUUUUGAGAUACAUCAUUCUAAAGAGAAAGGAGACAUUGUUGCCUUCCUAGCAUCAGAACGAGAAAUCCAAAGGGCCUAUGAAAUGAUCAAACAGGAAGAAUUUCAAAUAAAUCCAGAGGUUGGUGAACUGGUUCCUGUCCCACUGAAUCCUUAUGAGACUUUUUCAGACUACAUACCCUACGAAGGACCGGAUCACAGCUUUAAGGACCACAAAAGAAGAGUGGUGUUGACCACAAGUCUGGGCGAGUCUUUGAUCUGGAUGAAUAACAUUUCCUUUGUCAUCGAUGUUGGAGUUGAAAGAAGAAAAGGAUAUAAUACCAGAAUCCGGACAGAGUCUCUUGUAAUGCAACCAAUAAGUAAGGUCCAAGCAGAGAUGAGGAGGCAGAUUCUGGGUGCAUGCCCUACAGGAAAAAUAUUUCGGUUAUACCCAGAAGAGGUUUUUCAGAAUAAGAUGAAGGUCUCACUGACGCCAAAAGUUGAAGAGUCGAAUUUGACUUCGAUGGUUCUUUUCCUGAAGAGGAUGGACAUUGCAGGUCUUGGCCACUGUGAUUUUCUCAACAGGCCAGACCCUGAAAGUUUAAUGCAGGCCUUGGAAGAUCUGGAUUAUCUGGCGGCUCUUGACAACGACGGAAAUCUCUCUGAAUUUGGGAUAAUUAUGUCUGAGUUUCCAUUGGAUCCACAGCUGUCAAAAUCUAUUUUAGCCGCCUGCGAAUUUGACUGCGUAGACGAAAUGCUGACGCUGGCUGCCAUGGUUACAGCUCCAAACUGUUUUUUGAGUCCACCCCAGGAAGCAGAAGCAGAUGUCUCAGUUUGUAGAACGAAAUAUUUACAUGCUGCGGGGGAUCACUUUACUCUUAUAAACAUCUACAAUGAAUAUGAACUGUUAAGAAAAGCAAAUGCCAGCCAAUACGAUGUUGAAAAAUGGUGUCACGAUUACUUCCUAAACUUCUCGGCGCUGGAGAUGGCCCGAGUGAUUAGAGCCGAACUCCUUGACAUUAUGAGACGCAUCGAGCUUCCAAUUUCAGAACCAGCUUUUGGCUCAGAGGAAAAUGUGCUUAACAUCCAAAAGUCACUUCUGUCUGGAUACUUUAUGCAGAUCGCUCGGGAUGUGGACGGUAUGGGAAACUACAUUAUGUUGGCACAUAAGCAGGUGGGUCAGCUGCACCCGGUUUCGGUCUACUGUAUGAAUCAGAAGACUCCGGAAUGGAUUCUUUUUCAUGAUUUCAGUGUGUCGGAUAGAAGCUAUAUCAGGAUUGCAUCAGAAAUCACCCCAGACCUGUUCGUGCAGAUGGUUCCUCAAUAUUACUUCACCAACCUGCCACCCAGUGAAAGCAAAGAGAUACUGCAAAAGGCUUUAGACCACAUGUCUUCUAUGUCAACAAUCGAAAAGCCCCAAGAAGAGGAAGAUGGUGUAUAUGACAAUGAAGCUGCCGGCUCGGCAGAACAGAGAUGUGUUAUACAAUGACCUUGCCUACCGAAGAAGGCUCCACAAGUGCAAUAUGUGUUCCAGGACCAGGAGGACUUUAAUAAGCUGUGAAUAUCAGAUCAUGUGCAUCAUCAGAGAAAA